CGAUAUUCCACCUAAUUUCUCCUGGAGGUGCUUUCACUUAGAAAGUAGUGACUCGUUCAAUUUCUCAGAGCUUGAGAGUAUGAGAUUGCAUUACUCAAGCACUUCAGUUGGUUUGAAAUCAGCAACCUUCAGUCACAGUGGUGCACAUUCCCAUACAGCAGCUUUACGGAAGUUCCAUAUGCCGAAAAUUAAGUUUCUGUCACUUUCUCACAUCCCUUCUUCAGACACAAAUCUAUUUGUUCUACAUCUUCUGUCACAUCUUGACUCACUCGAUAUUGUCGGUGGUAUUGACAUUCUUACACAGAUGAAUCUACGCUUUCCAUACAGCAAAAGGAUAUCAAUAUUCUUGAAGUCCAUAUUCAGCUCAUUUUCAGUUGCUACACUGGUUAAGUUCGAAGUUGAGCACUAUAUCCCAGUAUCCAUUAACUCUGUUGGUUGGUCAAAUUUGGAAGAUUUAGCUAUUAUUGCUUUCAUUUCUCGUACUACUAUUUAUCGCUUAUUAUCUCAACUACCCUUAUUAAAAAGGCUGCGUGUAAGGUAUAUCACUCCUGAUGGUGAGUCUUGUCAGUAUGAUAAGCACCAUGAUAUCUUACCAUAUCUCCCUGAUGAUUUGAAUUUUAAUAGUAUGCUAGGGUACCUUGAGUAUUUUGAUGGCACAUCACGCUCACCGCUGGUAUUUGAUCUUGAUCCGCUCUAUGAGUUCAUUCACAAACGUCAUCACGCUAGAAGAGACAGUAUGCAGGGAUAUCCACAUAUCCAAUAUAUCUAUUUUAGUGCUAGCUUCGUGGAGAUCCGUAAUCAGCUUUAAUAUAUUGCUUACAUAUCAUAAAUCACGCAUAUGGUCAUCGUGUUGCGUUUUGCCAAACCUAGGCAUCGAUACCAGCAGAAAUAAUGACCCCGAUGCCUCAGGUCAAGCACAUGUCAAUGUGCGUCCAGACUCACACCUCUGAAUCUGACAAUAGAUGUGUCCAGUAAGGUGCAACAUUGCGUCUGGUGAGGAUUUGGCUAUUAACCAAAACGCUCGGCUCUCCCUUUUCAGCUCUCUCUUUUGUUCCCUAGGCAUUCCCUCCUUAAAACAUUCAAACCCAAAAAUUCAAUCGUCAAAAAGGUUAGUAUAUGCAG